CUGAACUGAAAUUAAUUUUCCCUUGUAAUUUCUCGGCGCUCAUGCUAAUGGCGGUUUUCCAGAUCUUCUUCUUCUUCUUCUUCCUCCUCUGCGUUCCGAUUGCGAGAUCCAGCCAUUCGUCUCCGGCGGCCGUUUUCAACUUCGGCGACUCCAACUCCGACACUGGUUGCCUCGUCGACGCCGGAAUUGAAACCGUCCAUCCUCCAUAUGGUUAUCUCUUCUUCGGAAAGCCCUCCGGCAGAUACUGCGAUGGCCGUCUCGUCAUCGAUUUUCUCAUGGAUGCGAUGGCCAUGCCUUUUUUGACGCCGUAUCUUGAUUCCAUUGGGUUACCGAAUUUUCGGAAGGGCUGCAAUUAUGCGGCCGCCGGCUCCACUGUUCUUCCUCCCACUUUUACAUCUGUUAGCCCUUUCUCGUUAAACAUUCAGGUGAAUCAAUUUCUCCAUUUCAAAGCUAGGGUUCUUGAGCUUCGAGCUGCCAAAGGUGGUAAGAAAUUUGACAAGUACCUACCAGCAGAAGAUGACUUCAAGAAGGGGCUAUAUAUGUUUAAUAUUGGGCAGAAUGACCUUAAUCGUGCAUUUUACAACCAAACUCUGGACCAAGUUAUUCCCUUCAUACCUUCCAUUUUAGCUGAAUUUGAGACUGGAGUUCAGAGAGUGUACGAGCAAGGGGCCAGGAAUUUUUGGAUUCACAACACAGGUCCUCUGGGAUGCUUGGCUCAGAAUCUUGUUAGAUUUGGAACUGACCCAUCAAAGCUUGAUGAAUUUGGAUGCAUCAGUUCACACAACCAAGCCGCCAAACUCUUCAAUCUACAGCUUCAUGCUCUCUCCAAACAGCUGCAGGCUCGAUAUACCGAUGCGAGCGUCACAUACGUCGAUGUCCACACGAUCAAAUUGAAUCUCAUAGCCAAUUACUCGCAAUUGGGUUUUGAACAACCUAUUAUGGCUUGCUGUGGCUAUGGAGGUCCACCAUUCAACUUCGACAACACAUUCCGAUGCGGCUCGACGAAGACCGUGAACGGGACGGUGGUCACGGUGGGAAGGUGCAACGACAGCUCCAAGUACGUCAGUUGGGAUGGGAUUCAUUAUUCAGAGGCUGCAAAUAAGUAUGUUUCAUCACAAAUACUCACUGGAAAGUAUUCUGAUCCACCAUUCUCACCACACAAAAUGCCUUACCUUGUCAACCGCAAGUUGUAGCUCUAGUUUGCCCUGCAUUUGACUACAUACACGUCUAAAUUGUAAUUGAUUCAAUUGGGGUAUAGCUUCAAUGAUUGUGAGUUGGCUCA